AUGACAACGAACAAAAGAAAACGAAUAAUUGCUAUUGAUAGUUAUGAAUUUGAAGGAUUUGUACGAACUCAUCUUUCAAAAGAUUUAGCCGAUACAUUAAUUCUCAAACUUGGCAUCAGAUCGUAUAAUGGUUUUGUUAAAUGUGAUGAUUUAAAUGGGGAAUUACUUGCAGUUCAUGAUUCUAUACAUGAACAAGAUCGAUUAAAUAUAUUUUUAUAUAAUGAUACAUUAUCUUCAUCAACACCAAAUGGAAUAAAAAAGGGUGGUACAAUUUAUGUACCACCGCCCCCAAAGGGUUAA